AUGGCUGAAACCCCUGAACAACUGCUUGAGAGAUUGAGAUCUCUUGAACAACUUUCGCAACGUAUGGGUUUAGUGUUACAAAACCAAUUAGGGAAUAAUGGUGGAGAGGACCCACAAGCUGCUAUGGCAAAGAAGUUUUUCCCUGAACAUAUUAGGAGGCAGAAAUACAAUGAGUUCACUAGAUUUAACCAGGGAGGUACUAUGUCUGUGCAAGAGUAUGCCCAAAAAUUCAAUGAGUUAGCCAGAUUUUGCCCUAAUGUUGUGCCAGAUGAGAGAGCCAAGGCUCAAAAGUUUGAGGACGAGGCUUAUGCUAAGGCUUCUAAUAUUGAGAGGAUUUUGAGGCGUGAAGAGGAAGUUAUGGGGAGGAAUAAGAGAAAAGAUCCACCUAACAAUCAAAAUAACCAUGAGAAUGACAAGAAACCUAGAUAUGGGGAUAACAAUAGUAAUGGGAGCAAUAAUCACACUAAUGGUGGUGGUAAUUAUCUAGGGAACCGUAGCAAUUACCAAAGUCAGGAGAGAUCAAACCAGCAAGAAUUCCGUACCCAAAAUCCUACUUGUAGGAAGUGUAACAAAAGCCACCCAGGAUUUACUUGUCAAGGAGACCCAAUAACUUGUUAUGCUUGUGGAGAGAAAGGACAUAAGGCUAAUCAGUGUCCCAAGCGUCAGAAUAAUGGACAAAAUGGGAACAAUGGGGGGAAUAAGAAUGGUCAUGGACCUAAUCAGAACCAGAACAACAACAACCGCCCCUAUAACAAUAACAACUCCCAAGGUCAAGCUUCGAAUGCUCAAGGAGGGAAUAAUACUCAGCAUAAUGGGCGUCUCGUUCUUUCAUAG